GCGAAUCGUUUCCUCUGUGUCGCCGAUUGAUGAUCACUUGACAAUGGAAACGAAGUUUCAACAGAUUCCCCCAUGGAAUUGGGAGCUUCAAGCUUAAAAAGACCCUUUCUUUACACAAACCCAGGUCUAUGAGUGUUGUCAAUGAAGCAAUGGUCAAGUAACAAGACGUGCGAAAUCUUUCGACCAGGUCAUCCUGGGAAUGUUAUUUAUCACGGGGAUGCAAAGCCCAAUGGAGCGAUAAACUUGACCAAACCUAACUAUACUUCCCGCGUUGGUUGGGUUACUUAUGCUGAGAAAGUGCCAAUCUGGAAUCCUAAAACUGGUAAGCCUACAGAUUUUAACACCAGUUUCUCUUUUAGGAUCGGUAUGCGUAUCUCGAACUUGUCAAGUUACGGUCAUGGUUUCAGCUUCUUUCUUGCUCCUGUGGGAAUCCAACUUCCUCCGAACUCAGGUGGUGGUCUGUUAGGUCUUUUUACUGACAUCGAUGAACGCGGCUUAUCUUCGUUUCCUCUGGUUCAUGUCGAAUUUGACACAUACUUCAACCCAGAAUGGGAUCCUCUGGGUGUUGGAUCUCAUGUGGGAAUCAAUAAUAAUUCUCUUGUUUCGUCCAACUACACCUCUUGGAAUGCAAGCUCACACAACCAAGAUAUUUGUCAUGCACAUAUCUCCUAUGACUCUGUUACUAACAACUUGAGCGUGUCUUGGGCUUAUGAACUAACUUCUGAUGAUCGGGAGAGUUUAGGCCUUUCUUACAUCAUCGAUCUUGCAAAGGUUUUGCCACCACAAGUUACAAUCGGGUUCUCAGCCUCUACAGGAGUGGUCGUAGAGGAACAUAGACUUUUAUCAUGGGAGUUCAGCUCAGGUAGUAUGGAUAGUGUGAACGUCUCUAUUAGGAGAGGACUGAUAGUUGGUAUUUCGGUUUCUGGGUUUGUUUUGCUAAUCUCUUUGGUCACAACCCUGGUGGUUUGGUUGCAGAAGCAAAGAAAAAGGAAAGCAAAAGAGAUAAUGGACUUGAUAUCAAUAAACGAAGACCUCAAACGGGAAACAGCUGGACCAAGGAGGUUUGCUUAUAAAGAUCUUGUGUCAGCAACCAACAGAUUCUCAUCGCAAAGAAAGCUUGGUCAAGGAGGCUUUGGAGCAGUUUAUAGAGGGUACUUGAACGAAAUCGAUAUGCUUGUUGCGGUGAAGCAAUUAUCUGCUCGUUCCAAGCAGGGAAAGAAAGAGUUUGUUACCGAAGUUAAGAUCAUCAGCAAACUGAGACAUCGAAACCUGGUCCAACUCAUUGGUUGGUGUAAUGAAAAAGAUGAGUAUGUGUUGAUAUAUGAGUUCAUGCCAAACGGUAGCCUCGACACUCACCUCUUUGGGAAAAGACCACAUCUCCCCUGGGACAUAAGGUACAAGAUAACCCUCGGUCUAGCUUCUGCGCUUCUUUAUCUUCACGAGGAGUGGGAUCAGUGUGUAUUGCACAGGGACAUCAAGGCGAGCAAUAUCAUGUUGGACACUAAUUACAAUGUAAAGCUAGGUGACUUUGGACUGGCUCGAUUGAUGGACCAUGAGCUUGGUUCUCAUACAACAGGAUUAGCUGGAACUUUUGGCUACAUGGCACCCGAAUAUGUGAUGACGGGAAGGGCCAGCAAGGAGUCUGACAUAUAUAGCUUUGGAGUUAGUAUACUAGAAAUUGUCACGGGAAGGAAGUCAGUCGAUCAUUCACAAGAAUACACAGAGCCUCAGAAGAGUCUUGUGGAGAGAGUGUGGGAACUGUAUGGAAGACAACAAUUUACGUCAGCUAUGGACGAGAAACUAGGUGAAGAUUUCAAUAGGGAACAAGCUGAGUGUCUUGUUGUUGUGGGGUUAUGGUGUAGUCACCCGGAUAGAAACUCGAGGCCCUCUAUAAGACAAGCAAUCCAAGUUCUGAACAUGGAAUCAACUUGGCCUGAGCUUCCGCAGAAGAUGCCAGUCCCUAUGUAUUACAUCUCACCUUCUUCUCUCACACUUAGCUCAAGUACGGUCUCAUUAACGGUCUCAAGCUGUGAAGUUGGUCGCUAGAUGAAGAUGAGAUACAAACAAAAUGUUGCGCCAUUACUAUAUAUGUGGCCUUGGCAAUUCUGCAUUUUCUUUGUUAUCUUUGUCAGAAAAAUUGUACGAGUGAGAAGAGAGAUCGUUGUGUGUGUGUGUGUGUGUGUGUGUGUGUUUGGACAUGUGUAAGGCAAGUGUACCUUAUAAUUUAACAAGAUAUUCUCUUGAUAAUAACGAAAUUUAGC